UUUCCACCAUCUCCCUAAAGAGGCUCCAGCCCGACGCCGCUCGCUGGCAGCAAUGCACCGCCGGGGAGUCGGGGCCGGCGCCAUCGCCAAGAAGAAGCUGGCCGAGGCCAAAUACAAGGAACGUGGGACAGUUUUAGCUGAAGACCAGUUAGUCCAGAUGUCCAAGCAGCUGGAUACGUUUAAAACUAACCUUGAAGAGUUUGCCAGCAAACACAAGCAAGAGAUCCGUAAAAACCCGCAGUUCAGAGUCCAGUUCCAGGACAUGUGUGCAACGAUCGGGGUUGAUCCCCUAGCCUCUGGCAAAGGAUUCUGGUCAGAAAUGUUGGGUGUUGGAGAUUUUUACUACGAGCUCGGUGUUCAGAUUAUUGAAGUCUGUCUAGCUCUAAAGCACAGAAAUGGAGGGCUGAUAACACUGGAAGAACUUCACCAGCAAGUGCUGAAGGGGAGAGGAAAAUUUGCGCAAGACGUCAGCCAAGAUGACCUCAUCCGGGCAAUUAAGAAGUUGAAAGUUCUAGGAAACGGCUUUGGGAUCCUUCCUGUUGGUGGGACCUACCUGAUCCAGUCUGUGCCGGCUGAACUAAAUAUGGACCACACGGUUGUGAUACAGCUUGCUGAGAAAAAGGGGUACGUGACCAUCAGUGAGAUCAAGUCGAGUUUGAAGUGGGAGGUGGAACGAGCGAAGCAAGUUUUGGAUCACUUGCUGAAAGAAGGCAUGGCGUGGCUGGAUACCCAAGCUCCAGUGGAACCACAGUACUGGCUACCUGCCCUCUUCACAGAGCUUUACUCUCAGGAAAUCACACCAGAAGAAGCGAAGGAAGCUUUACCUUGACAGCCGAAAGGGGGACUGAUUUAUCUGAACAUUUUCAUUUAAAUGGGAUGAUGCUUUUUGCAUUAGUAUGAUAAAGCUGAGUCACAUCGAAUGCCUAUAGAUAUUUCCCCCCCCCCCAAGUCUUUAGAAGAAAAUGUCUGCGUUACCAAACCCUGCCAAGCAGGUAUAUUUGACACUGAUUUUUGGGCUUCUGCAUGAUGGAGAGACUAGUUUCAUUAGCAAGCUGUUAGUCCUCAUGACUGGAAAGGGGUGGAUGUGUGGUUUUUUUUUUCUCCUUGAAGACUUAGAAAGUGGAGAGGAUUGGAGGUGAGGAUUGGUGUCAAUGUAUGUGUUGUAAGCGUCUCUUCCUCCUUUCCCCCAUUUCCUAAUUACAUUGUUGUAUACUUGAUUUAA